AUGGCUUAUUUGAGCUCCAACAAUGGAACACUUGUAGAUCAAUUGGAGCGAGAGGCACUUUACAUACAUUCUUCAGAAAAUUCAAGCUUGACGCUCACUUCUUCUCUGCUAGAUGGAACGAACUUCCUGUCAUUGAGUCGUUCCGUUCAUGUGGCACUUGGAACCAAAAUGAAGCUAGGCUUCAUUGACAGAACAUUCCCUAGACCACCAGCAGGAUUAGUGUUUUUUGAGCAAUGGCGACGAGUAAACUUGAUGGUUACGUCAUGGAUCUGGAACUCCUUAUCUAGAGACAUAGUUGAUUCCUUUAUGUUUGUGGCCUCAUCUCUUGAGCUUUGGCUUGAAAUACAGAACAGGUAUGGGAGGAGCAAUGGUCCGAUGAUCUAUCAGAUCCAACGUGAGAUCUCUUUUAUUUCACAGCGUGAUUUGUCCUUAACAGCUUAUGUAACUAAAUUGAAGAAAUACUGGAAUGAACUAUUAUUCUUAGCUCCUAACCCAAAGUGUACUUGUGGAGGGUGCACAUGUGGGGUGAAUAAGGCAAUUGAGGAGAAAACUGAGCACGUUCAACUAAUGCAGUUUCUCAUGGUUCUCCAUGAGAGUUUCGACAGAGAAGUCAAGUAUUGA